AUGACAGCAACACUUAAUCAAAUCAUAGAUAUUGUUCUUUAAUAUUUGAAUCAGGCGAAUUUCAUCCAAAAAAAAAAUACGAAUAUAAUUAAUGAAAAUUGUAGUGGAAUUAGUACUAUCGGAAAGUUGUAAUUUAACUAAAGAAUGCUAUACUAACUAAGUCUUGAAAAAGCUAUAAAAUGUGUAAGAAUUAGAAUAACAUUUUAUUUAAUUAAUUUCUAAAAUAAAAGCAAAUUGAAAUUUUAUGCAAUAAUCAAGCAUAAUCUAGAAUAAUAAAGUAGUCAUCACCAUUCUAAGUUUUAUUGAUAAUUUUUGAGAAGAAUGAAACUUGUAAUGGUAAUACUAAUACUGUGUUAAGAUUAUAAGUGACUUUUUAACUUUUUGAUUCCAAUCCAGAUCUUCUAAUUAAAGGAUAAUUUUAAUAUCAAAAUAAAUCUUGGGGAUUUAGAAAUGUUAAUGUAGACACAAGAUUUUGUUAAGAAGUAUUCAGGAUAUCAAUUAUAUAAAAAUAAAUGUGUUUAAUCUUGCUCUAUUCAUUCAAAAUUUUGUAUUGACUAUGAAGAUAUCAUUCGAUGUUAAUUAUAAUUUUUUUAUUUUAAGAUUCAAGAUAUUUAGCAAUUAAAUCGAUAUAUGAUAAAAAAAUAGAUCCAUCAUUUGGUUUAUCAACAGGAUAGCAGUUUUCUUAAUUUUAGUAAUAAAAUAGUUUUAAGUGUCUUAUUGUUUUGGGAUGAUGGAUCAUAUAUUGAAACAUGGAUUAUUUAGCAUCCUCAUUAUGCUGCAUCGAUAUAUUUAAUUUACCUUAUGUUGAUUUAUGUUUUAUCAUGCCUUUAUCUUUUUUUCGGUUGGCAACGUGCUCUGAUGGCUUGCUCAUCUAAGUUAAAGUUCUGA